AUGGGGAGCGGCGCGCUUGCCCUGCUGCUGGCCCUCGCCACGGUGAUGGGCGCCAGCCCGGCCGGGAGGAAGUGCGUCCUCUCCGGCUCGUGGCGGAGCGACGGCGGCUCCCGCCUGGUGGUGUCCGUCCUCGGGAAGGACGGCGGCUUCUCGGGCUCCUUCCUGCCGGGCGCCGCCGCGGGCCCCGGGGCGCCGUCCUCGCCGCUGAGGGGCUCGCAGCCGGCCGCGGGGCUCCGGGCGCAGCCCACCUUCUCCUUCACCGUGCGCUGGCGGCAGCGAGAGGCGCCGGGCGCCGAGGUGACGGCCUUCGUGGGCCAGUGCUACGUGGACGAGGCCGGCGAGGAGGCCCUGCACGCCGUGUGGCUCCUGCGGGAGGAGGCGCGGAGCCCCGCCGAGGACUGGAGAGCCACCAGGAUCGGCACGAGCGUUUUCACCCGGAUAAAGUGA